UGCAAUUUUUCACAACUUAAAACUAUCAUUGUCCACUUCUUUACUAGGUUUUCUUUCUUCUUUUUGUUACUAUCAUUUUCUUUUUGGAGUGUCUAAUGUUGUUUAAAGGGGAAAACAGGACUAGUUUCUGAGUCAAUGCAGAUGUGAAGCUAAUUUUGAGAACAAUAUGGAGAAAGGAUUAAGAGUAGGUUACACACAAGGGUCAAGUAACUGGUUUUAUUGGAUAAAAUGUGAUGGAUGUUUCUGUAAUAUUUGCAUUUAUGUGGGACUUCUUUGUUAUUGACCUUAGUGGCGGAGCCACUAUUUUGACUAAGGGGGUUUAAAAUAUGAAAAAGUAGACACACGAACUAGUCGAAGGGGAUUCGACGUCUACUAUAUAUACUUAAAAAAUUAUUUUAACAAUGUAUAAAUAGUACAAUUUUCUGCCGAAGGGGAUUUGGAUGAACCCCUAACCACAAGGUAGCUCCGCCACUGAUUGACCUGACGAUGAAAGAAAAAAUUAUUUAUUUGCUUGAGUGAAGGACCUUUUUGAUAUAUAAAGAGAUGUACUACUAGUACGUGAGAAUUUCCCUUUGUGUGUGGUAAAUGGUACCAGAAAUUCUUGGUUCACUAUUGCAUCAUUGUUCUAAGACCAAGGCAUUCCAUUAUGGACUCUCUCUUCAUGCAGCUGCAAUCAAGUCAGGCUUACAAGGUGAUGUUUUUAUAUCCAAUCACAUCCUCAAUAUGUAUGCCAAGUGUGGAAAUAUUAACUUUGCCAGUCAGAUUUUUAAUGAGAUGUCCAAAAGAAAUCUCGUUACCUGGUCAGCCAUGAUUGCUGGUUAUGAUCAAGACGGGAAACACCUCAUGGCUAUCAACCUCUACUCCCAAAUGCCACUAGAGCCCAAUGAAUUUGUCCUUGCUAGUGCUCUUAGUUCAUGUGCUAAACUCUUGGCCUUGAAACUUGGUAGACAAAUACAUUCCCAGUCUAUCAAAUUGGGCUGUUUGUCCAUUUCGUUUGUGUCCAACUCUCUGAUCUCAAUGUACAUGAAAAAUGGCCAAUGUAGUGACGCUCUAUCAGUUUUUGCAUCAACUCCCAGUCUUAGUGAUGUCUCCUACAACACAAUCAUAAUGGGUUUGGUAGAAAGUAAUCAAAGAGAGAAAGCAUUUGAAGUCUACAAAAGUAUGUGCCAACAAGGGUUGGUUCCAGACCGCUUCACCUUUGUCGGCUUAUUAGGAACCUGCAAUACUGCACAUGAUUUGGGGAAAGGAAUGCAAUUGCAUAGCCAAACCAUCAAGCUCAAUUUUGACGGGACUGCCUUUAUAGGCAAUAUAAUAAUGACAAUGUACUCAAAUUUGAACUUGUUAAAUGAAGCUGACAAAAUUUUCAGAUCAAUCAAAGAGAAAGAUGUCAUUUCAUGGAAUACUCUCAUUGCUGCUUGUUCUCGUUGUGAUGAUCAUUCGAAGGCCUUGGUUGUUUUUAAAGAGAUGGCUGAAUAUUUUGAUGGAGGGCCUGAUGAGUUUACCUAUGCUAGUCUGCUUUCUGCAUGUGCUGGUGUGGGUUCUCUGCAAUUUGGGCGGCAAAUACAUGCUCAUCUUGUUAGAAAAAGCUCAAGUGUAGAUAUUGGUGUUGUCAAUGCCCUUGUGAACAUGUAUGCGAAAUGUGGCUGUAUCCAGUAUGCAUAUACAACUUUUAGGCUAAUGACUUCACGUAAUCUUGUCUCAUGGAAUAGUGUCAUUGCUGGAUUUGCUAACCAUGGCCAUGGAAAAAAAGUUAUAAAAUUAUACGAGGAGAUGAAGAGUGUUGGUUUAAAGCCUGAUUCUGUCACAUUUCUCGGACUUCUAAUCGCUUGCAAUCAUGCAGGGCUUGUAGAUGAGGGCCUAUAUUACUUCAAUACCAUGAACGAGAUUUAUGGGGUUACUCCCGACAUUGAACAUUUCUCUUGCCUCAUUGAUUUGCUAGGACGAGCUGGGAGACUGAAAGAUGCUGAAGAAUACAUGCAAAGGUACCCGUUUGGGCAUGAUUCAGUUGUUUUAGGUUGCUUACUUUCAGCUUGUCGGCUGCAUGGUGAUGUUGUAAUUGGGGAAAGAAUGGCUAAAAAGCUCCUACAGCUUCAGCCAGUUUCUACUUCGCCUUAUGUUUUGUUAUCAAACCUAUAUGCUUCAGACGAGAAGUGGGAUAGUGUAGCAAAAGCAAGAAAAAUGUUGAAGAGGUGUGGUUUAAAGAAGGAGGCUGGUCAUAGUCUCAUUGAAGUGAAGGGAUCUGUUGAAAAGUUCACAAUUGGCAAUUUCUCUAACUCAAGGAUUGAGGAAAUCGUGAAUGUGCUUGGAACUUUAGGCUGUGGAUGGGAUGAAGAAACUAGUCUCCUUGAUUCAGCAUAAGAAAAGCAGAUCUGUUCCUCCUACCACUGCUUCAGCACUAUUGCGAACAAUAAGCUUGGCAUGUACCAAGGGUUUCUGAAAUGACAUAUUGUACUGAACUAACAAAGAUACAUAUAUCAACACUCAUGGAAGUACAUCAUCCAUAAGCAUCGGCGGAUUAUUAAAGAUGAACUAUGUUUGUAUUGUUCUUAAAGAAUCUGCAGCAAUAAGCCGCUGGGCCAAAGGGAAGCAAGGUGCGAAAAUUCAAUCCCCUUACACAAUAUACUUGACACUAAUAGGUAACUAGAAGUUACAAAGUGAAGUCGUAAUGGUGCCUCACUGCCUCUCUUGCCAUGGUGUGUUUGGCAAAGAAAUGCCUCAGAGAUUAUAGGAGUUGCAGCAAAGGUGUGAAUUUUUGGUGAAAUAUUCUUGAAAUACAAUGGUCUGUGUUGAUGGUCAAUGAAACAUAAGUUAACAAGGCUGAAGUGCGAAUUGCACGUACUCUGGAAGUGAUAUCAGCAAGACGGAUCCCCUGUUUUUUUUUUUACUCUUCUAAGGCAACUUUCAUGUUGCACAAUGAGAAGUAAGAAAAUUUUAUGAUUUCUCUUAGAUAGACUGCAACACUUGUUAUCUUACUAUACUCAAUUUCACAAACUUAAAAUUUGCAUUUUCAGUGUUUCUGUUCCUUCAAUUCAAAAGUUAUUGAAGGUUAUAGACUUGAUAUGUAUGUAAUAGUUCUCUUUCCCCAACUAGUGAGUAUAUGCUAUUGUUCCAUUUUGUGUGUAGUAUAAUAAAUCUUGAGUAGAGACCACACUCUUGGGUGUGGCCU